AUGUCCCGAUCGCUGCUUCCGGGUGCUCGGAAGUUCGUUCCCACGGGAGCGAAUGAUACGCCGCUCCCGAACUAUGUCCCCGGCCUCGGCCGUGGAGCUACUGCCUUCUCUACGAGGGCAGAGACAGCUCCUGCCCCUACAGCAUCCAAUGCAAAACUCAGAGAAAUGCGCGAUGCGGCAUCUCGCGCGGAGAGCCAAAGGCGAGCGAAUGAGCUUUUUGGGAAGCCCCCACCUGGAUAUAUCCCCGGCAGGGGGCGCGGCGCGACUGGGUUUGCUGGUGGUGUAAGUCGUGAUGAUUCCAUAGACUACACGCAGGGAGCUGCUGAUAAGAGUGACUUGAGCGAUGCGAAUUUCGACCCCUUCACUGGCUAUGCCGAGAACCUGUUUAAUGAUGCAGAGUACGAUGAGGAAGACAGAGUGGCUGAUGAAGUGUACGAGUCCAUAGACCAACGGAUGGAUGGGCGCCGCCGGUCGCGUCGAGAGGCUAGACUUAAGGAGGAAAUCGCAAAGCUGCGCGCGGAGAAGCCAACAAUACAUCAACAAUUUGCAGACCUCAAAAAGGGAUUGACCAGCGUCACACAAGAGGAAUGGGAGUCUAUUCCGGACAUUGGGGAUUAUACGUUGAAGCGGAAGCAGAAGAAGCAACAGAUGCUAACCCCUGCUUCGGAUAGGGGGAUAUUAGAAGCUCGCAACCGCGAGUCUUUCUCUAACUCGAUUGCGUCCGCAGGGUCCGCCACUCCCAUCGGGUUUGGAAUGGCAACACCCCUAAUGGCUGGAGGCUUGUCUACCCCCCUUGGCCUGCAGACUCCUCUGGGCAUUCAGACUCCUCUGGGUCUGCGCACGCCAAUGGGAAGCAGCACUCCGUCUCUAAAUGACCUUGGCGAAGCCCGCGGGACAGUGCUUUCUGUUAAGCUUGACAAGGUGAUGGAUAGCAUUUCGGGCCAGACUGUUAUCGACCCCAAGGGAUACCUUACUGACCUCAACUCCAUGCAGCUGCAAAGUGACGCAGAUAUUGCGGACAUAAAGAAAGCAAGGACUUUGUUGAAGUCGGUGAUCUCUACCAAUCCCAACCAUGCGCCGGGCUGGAUUGCAGCAGCGCGUUUGGAAGAGCUUGCAGGGAAACUGCAGACUGCUCGCGAGUUGAUAUCGCUGGGAUGCCAGCGAUGCCCGAAGAGCGAAGACGUUUGGCUUGAGGCUGCCCGUCUCGAGAAGCCCCGCAAUGCUAAGGCGGUACUUGCAAAAGCAGUCUCUGUGCUGCCGCACUCGGUUCGUUUGUGGCUGGAUGCCUACGCAAGGGAGAAGGACAUAAACGAUAGGCGUUUAGUGCUACGAAAGGCUUUGGAGUUUAUCCCAAAUUCUGUCCGGCUUUGGAAAGAAGCGUGUAGCUUAGAAGAUGAGCGGAACGCCCGGAUAUUGCUGACUCGGGCUGUUGAGUGUGUCCCGCAGUCUCAUGAGAUGUGGCUGGCUUUGGCACGACUAAGCACUUAUGAGGAAGCCCAAAAGGUCUUAAAUGAAGCGCGCAAGAAGUGCCCGACGUCUCCCGAAAUAUGGGUGGCUGCGUGCAAACUGGAGGAAACUCAAGGGAACGAAAAGAUGGUUCAGGUCAUUAUUGGGAGGGCCGUGGAGAACUUAAUUGGCCGCGGGGUUGCUCAGACUAGGGACGUGUGGCUGAAGCUAGCAGAAGAAGCUGAGAGUUCUGGAUUCCUGACGACCGCCCAGGCGAUUAUCAAGGCAACCAUGAAAGUUGGAGUCGAGGGCAUCAAUGCAAAGCGCGUCUGGAGUGAGGAUGCAGAGGAAUGCCUCAGCAGGGGCUCCAUAACUGUGGCAAGGGCUUUGUAUACCCAUGCUCUCGAGCGACUGAAGACGAAGAAAAGUUUAUGGUUGGCGCUUGCGGACCUUGAAACUAAACAUGGCACUCGGGAAGCUCUAGAGAAGGUGCUUCAGAAAGCUGUUACUUGCUGCCCGAAGGCGGAUGUCUUGUGGCUGAUGGCAGCAAAACAGCAGUGGCUUAAGGGAGAUAUCAACGCAGCACGCCGCAUUUUGGCCGAAGCAUUUUCUCAUAACGAAAACAGCGAGGCGAUAUCUCUUGCUGCUGUAAAGCUGGAGAGGGAGAACAAUGAGUUUGCACGUGCCAGGAAGCUCCUUAAACGUACACGGCAAAACAUUAACACGGCAAACGUCUGGAUGCAGUCCAUCCAGCUCGAGCGGCAACUGGGUGACUAUGACGCUGCGAUUGCCCUGGCAGAUGAGGCAGUGAAGCAACACCAGACCUUUGCUAAGUUGUGGAUGGUUCGUGGGCAACUGCACGAGGAGCACCCAAUCCACAGAGACCUGGCGAAGGCCAUUGACGUCUUUCGUGAAGGCACUGUGUGCUGCCCGCGUAGUGUGCCGCUGUGGCUAUGCUGGGUGAACUGCGAAAGGAGCCAGAAGAACUGGAACCGGGCCCGUGCAGUGUUGGAAAAGGCUAAACUGCGCGUUCCAAACAGUCCGGAGCUCUGGUUGGCGCUCGUACAAGUUGAGGUAGACUCGGGGAACCGGGAGGUUGCGCAACAUGUUGCAUCUAAGGCUAUUCAGGCGUGUCCUAAUGCAGGCAUCAUAUGGGCGGAGGCGAUUUUCCUUGAGGAUGAGAAUGCUCAAACGCAUAGGGCAGUCGAUGCCCUCACCAAGUGCGAGAAUGACGCGAACGUGAUCCACGCAGUUGCUCGUUUGUUUUGGAAGGAUCAGAAGAUUGCGAAGGCCCGCAAAUGGAUGAAUCGCAGUGUCACUCUUGACCCUUCGCUGGGCGACGCGUGGGCCUCGUUUUUAGCCUUUGAGAUCGAACAUGGCGGCGAGAAGGAGUGCAUUGAUGUGAUCAAUCGAUGCGCUCUAGCACAGCCAAACAGAGGCCUUGCGUGGAACAAGACGACCAAACAAGUUAGGUGCUGGUCUUUCUCACCAGCUCAGAAACUCAAUGCCGUGCUGGAGUACAUGUAUCCCAACGCUUUGAAAGAUGGCAUAUCCCAAGUGGUGCUGGAUGCAUUGCAUGGAAAGUUGCAAAAUGAACAACAAACACCUACAACUGCACAAACUCCCCCGGCCUCAGCGUCAACCACUUCCAUGUCUGGGUCGAAUCCGGCCAGCGCGCAACGCGGACGAAACGACAGCAAUAAAGACCAGCAACGAGGUGACUCCUCAACGCCAGACAAAACGAGCAAGACUGGAUUUCCGGAAACUGUAUUUGGCAAAGUUUUGCUACGCAGCUUUUGCGACUUCCGCAACGAAGAAGGCGACUCUGGUGCAACGGAAGGGGGUAUUGUUACUCAUGUCUUCACUCGCCUUUCCAUGCCUAUGGGAGGUGUUAAUUUAACUUGGCACUUUACAAAUGACUCCCCUCUAAAGAUUUACGAUGUACUGCAGUACUCCCCGACCGUGUGA